AUGGAGAUGGAAAAUGACGUGACGAGAAAUUCUGCUCCCUUCGGGCCAGCUGAAAUGGAGCAGGUGUCGAAGAUUGCAGGCUUCCGGGUGGAAAGAUCCAAAGCCUAUGUAUGGGCCUUGAGAGACUGCAAGUUUCUUGUCUACGACGAUACGGACGAGACGCCCGAUUUCAGCGGCAAAGGCAAGGAGAAGGCAAUUGGCCAUUCCCAACACCGUCACGAGGAGGACUCAUCCGUGGGUAGGGGGGACAUGUGCGAAAUUUGCUCCUCCUGUCCAGAGUUUCCUCAUGACAAGAAGGCGCGGAAAUUCCGCCUUUACAAACCAAGAGAAGCCUUCCCCGACCUCGAAUUCGGAUUAAACGAAAACUGCCAUCAUUUUGUUGCGGUUUCCUACUGUUGGCCAGUUCCCGAAAUCGACGAUGAAGGCCAGAUCAUCCAAGAAGAGCGGCACUACCAAGUUCGCGACCUGGAUGGGAAUAUUCGGGCAAAUCGCGCCCUGGACGAUGUCAUUGACCGCGCUGUUGACGUAGCCAACAGUUUCGGCCUUCGGAUGAUAUGGAUUGACCAGGAAUGCUUGCCGCAGCCCACCGAGGGCAGCUCUCAGCGAGACUGGGACGAGCAGCAGAUCGGUGUCCAAGCAAUGGACAUUCUCUAUAGCCGCGCCAUGGUCACUGCAGCUUUUCACUCCUUGGAGCUGACGAGCCAAGCGCAAGUGGACGCCAUCCGGUUUGCCAUCGACCGCGAUGAAGGACAGGGAGGCAUGCAUUCUUUCACUCAUAUCCUUGAUUUCCUCGACGACGUCUCGCGCGAUCGCUACUAUGAACGUGCUUGGGUCGUCCAAGAGUCAUUGAGUGCGGGUAACCGUCUGUUUCUUGUCUUCCGGCGGGCGCCUGGUAUUAAUUACCCAUCCUCCUUCCGCGUUGGCCGUAGAGGUUUCCGCGCUCCUUAUCACUCCCUAGAUGAAGGAGUCCGCGAAAUGCAAUCUGAAGUUCUUUGCAUGGGUGUCCAACAGUUCCGAAAUAUCGUGGAGGAGGCAAAAACAGUAGUCGAGCGCAAUUCCUUCCAGGAAUCGCAGACAGCCGUACGGUUCGGCGGCACGGUGUCCCCUGAUGCCGCAAUUGUCCAAAAGGUGCAGAAUUUACACCCGGCAGUGAUUCAGGGCAACAGUCUCCCGUCUCAGAUCAGCUUAUUCUACGACAGUGGCAUGGCUAGGAGGGACAGAAUCGAUGCUGCCGGAGCACUUACACUGCUAAGAACGCGAGGGUGCCGAGACGUCAAGGACCGCAUUGCCAUCAUGGCCAACAUGUGCGGGUACGAGACUCGCCUGGAUACAAACGCCGUGGAAGAGCAUUGCAAGUCCCUCCGUAUCGCUCUGCUCACCCUCUCAAUUCUCAACGGAGAUUUCUCCCUCUUGGUGCCUGAAGUCUACGCGCCCUGGGGAGACGUAACGUAUGUCCCUCAAGUUGAAGAACCCCGAGAGAGCCCGAACUGGCUUACUCCAUUUGACACGCGGACUUCUGAAGCAGACUACACGAAGAUCCAACGGAUUGUUGGAACACGGUUCAAACCGUACACGAAACCGUCCGCCGUCUUUGACUUCCCCGCCUACCUCUGGGUCGUGGAGGAUUUGAUUGACCUCACCCCAGUACAAGAACAGUGGGCAGAGGAGUGGGCAAGGCUCAAGUGUAUAUCUAUGGUGUUCAAUGGUCCAGCAAAGGGGGAAUCAAGCGAUUCUUAUCUAUCUCGCCGCCAGCAGAUCACCGCCCACUUUUCCCAUUCAAAUAUCAUAGUCAGGGCAAACCUUGAGAUAAUGAAGACAGGCUACUUGUCCCCAGAAUCAGAUAUUUGGAACGGCAUGGAUAGCUCGGGCGUUGAGGUCAUCCCGAGUCUGCUCGCGGAGCGUGUGGAGAACGAACCACUGAAACAGCACUCCAUCGGCAGAAUCUUCUUCGGCAUCUUGCGGUGUUUAUUGGAUCAAGCUGACUCUGAUCCCAACGCCAUCGGUGUCGCCAACAGUAUAUGGCAGUCGAUGCGAGUAGAUUCUCUUGAUGGGGAGAACAAGCAUCCAGAUCUCCCGGAUGAGGUUUCUGAAGCCCUGUUCAGUCACCCCGAUGUUGUCGCACAUCCUUUUGAUACAUUGCAGUUUGAUCGCAGCCCUGAUGGCCAAUACCACCAGGUGUGGCUAUUUGACCGUAUCAUGUCGCUGGGCUUUCUCUGGGUUGGCCGUUAUCAGCGUAGCACCAACCCUAGCACCUUGACACUCGAACGACCCGACUCCGAGCCCGAAGAUGACUCUGAAGCUGCCAAUGCGGUUGAGGAUCUCACAUCUAUUUCCGGUGAGAUGUCCUCGCUUACGAUUCGUGAAAAGCCAGCAACGGAACCGAAGCCAAAGAAGGAGAAGAAAGAAAUGGACUCCUCCAUCCAGGGUCGACAGCUCCGUCGGCAAAUUCUGGCCAUGAUGCUCGAGAACAGCCUUCUGUCUCCCAUCUUAUCGGGCGAGGAUAAAGAGGGCUAUCCCGAUAUCAACAUCAGUUCCUUUUCUAGUUUUGCCAUCAUUGCAGGCGAGCGAGUGUUUGAAUUCGCAGAGGAGCAGAAGCGCGUCCAAACUCUCAGGUCCGUCUUUGACGUCGACGGGCCCUGUACGAUAGCGACUCUGUACAAUUCGGAUUGGGAGGUGCUACCCCAUAGAGACUUGAGGAGCAUGACUGUAUGCUGGGUUGUGGAAAAGGAAGGUGAUGAUGAUGGCCUGCCGGAGUUGAAGGCAAUUGAAGAGGAAGAUAUCGUUGAACCGAUAGAGGAUAAUGAGCUGUUGGACCGUCUUAGGAAGCAUUACGAUGAAGAGGAUCGUAGGUAUAGGGUCACUACAAAGGUCAAAGGCAUGUGGCAAAUGAUGGACUUCCCAUCUCAGUCAUAUACAUUUGGGUAG